AGGUGGCACUGACUGGCACUGAUGGGUGACAUUAAAAGGCAGCUCAGAUAGGCACUGAUAUGUGGCAUUAUUGUGCACUGGUAUGCACUGAUAUGUGGCAUUGAUGGCACUGAUGGGCAUGACACGUGGCACUGAUGAGCACUGACACGUGGCACUUCUGGGGCCACACUGAUCAUCAGGGCACACUGAUCAUCACCGAUUACCGGCUCUCCUCUCCUCUUGAGCUGUCAUCGUGACAGCUCGAGAGGAG